CUAUCGUUAUGCUUUUAUUUAUUCUAGUGAACAAUAAUAUUGAAAUCAACAACCUUAAUGGACAUAAAAUGUAUCAUAUGCAGUGAAGAGCUAAGAAAUUUGUGUAUUAAAUGUCGUGUACUUAGGCUGAUGAAUGGUUUUGAUACAAUAAAACUUAUUACAAGAUAGAUACAAAAAAGCCAAUUUUGAAUAUGCUAUUGUAUCAUGUUAAGGAAAUAUUAUCCAAAUUCUAUCAAGACGAUGUAGCCAGAAUUGUGGCUCUGGUAGUCUUAGUACUUUCCGUCGUGGUUGGAUGUUACGUGAGUUCACUGUUAGGUUUUACAAUCUUUCUGUUCUUCGUCAAUGGUUGUGUAGCAGCUGUUCUCACGCUGAACCACAAAGAUCGGGUCGGUCGUUACUUGCAGAAAGUAAAAGAUUUCCUCGGUUAUAAAGAAUAUAAUCAUUCUACAGCAUCCCCAUGUGGCGUAUGUGGACAGGAAAAAUGUCCUCGUCAUAAUCGUAAUGCGUUGGUUCAUGAGCCAUGGAAAGGUUUCCUCAUCGACCCAGAACUAGACGAGGCCGUCGAUCGUUUCUUCUCACAUAUUCUAGACAGUUUUAUUUGCAAUUGGUACUCGCAGAUUGCACCAGACGAAGAGUUCAUUUUCAACAUAAAGAGUAAUUUGCGAGACGCUCUUUGCAGAUUAUUGCUUCGUGCAAAACAGUUGGAUGCUCCAACCAUUAUUAGUAGCCGUCUGUUGCCAACGUUCUUCAUACACUAUGAGAUUAUAGCCAAAAUGUUGCAUGACGUCCCUAUGGAUCGAUUGGCUAAAACAUUUCUCAUCGAUGAGUAUCCGAUUCAUCCCGCAGUACUGAACCGGCAGGCGGAGCUGAACUACCUGCGAGGAGUGGCCAAAGUAAUGAUCCCGCGGCUGUUUACGCCAGAAAACGUAGGCUGUAAAAUAUUUUUCAACCUGAUUAAAGAAUUGCUGACGUUUUGGGUUCUUUUACCACUGUUGGAUGUUAUUUCGGAUCCAAACUUGAUCAAUCUACUGAUCAUUGCAGCCACCGAUAAGCGUCCGAAGGAAACUCGCAAGGCCAUAAAAAAGGAAACUAUGAAAGUUGAAAUUUUGAAAGAUUUCAUUGCACGAAGUCGUGAUAAAUUAAACUGGCCUGACGAUGAAUUCGUUGGGGGUGAGGUAAUUUGGAAAGAUCCAAAUGAACUCUACUAUUUCAUGCAGUUUUUAAUUAAGGAGGGAGCUGUGGAAUGGUUGCAUUUCUAUUUGGAAGUUGAUAUGUUGAACAAAGAACUAGAAGAUCCACACAUUACAACGGACCCGACGAAGCUAUCCUCGCUGCACCAGCAGUCGGAAAAACUACUGCAGACGUACCGAAGCAUGAUGGUGGCGGAACGUGAAAUAUCCGUUGCCAUUACCUUGAAUGAAGCCCACGAGCGGGUAAAGGAAAAACUGGAAGAAAAGUGGCGCAAAAAUUUCAGCAAAACUUCGGAAUAUUUCGAACUGGUUUACGGUACAAGAGAAAUCAAGGAUAACUCGGAUAAGAAAUCGUGUGACAACGCGAGUGGUGCGGGCACUAAACUAAGCUCUAAAUUCAAAGAAGUAAUCAGAGGAGCGGUGGAUGGAGCACCGAUUGAAGCAACCGAAGCGCCCACCGUGUGGGAUGCGCUAAAUGAUGCCCAGGCAAUCCCCAGCAACAACAUUUACAGUUCGGUGACACAAAAACUGCGCAAAGAGAAGGGCCAAAGUUUGGAUGCCUUCAUGGUUACCUUCAUGCACUCGAUUGAGCAAAGUCCCGAUAUUGGGGAGGACGUAAUUCAGUUCAAGGAGGUGGUUAAAAAGAAACAUAAAACUCCUGGUCAAAGUCUUGUCUUCGGUGAUUUAUUUGAGCUGAAAAAGGGAUCAAAAAAUACUCACACCACAACUCUGCUGUCACAUAGCGUACGCGGUCCAUCUCAGUGCUUAAUUUAUAUUUUGGUCAAAAUCCUUAAUGCGCCCUUCAUUAUUGUUCGGCUGGCACUGGCGUUUUGCUGUGUUUCCCGCCGAACCGUUGACACGCUGAUUCAUACCGCGAUUGCUCGAUUGCUGCGAAUUGGACUGAAAGAAACCCGACUGGCCGUCCUUAUCAAUCUCCUUCGGGAGGUUAUAUUCCUUCGAAAGUUACCGGAACCGACAUCGGCCGAGCUGCUGCGGCGACAGCAGGAUGCACGAAAACGUCUGGAUACGUUGCGACCCGGACUGGGAACGUUGGCCGACGUAUUACAAUCGCCCGCCCUGAAUAAGCAUUUGGCGUACUGCUUGUUCGAUAUCAUUCUAGGCGAAAUGUAUCCGGAAUUCGAAAGUCCUGCUGUUUGGAAAGAAUAAAGUUUA